AUGGAAAAUCGCCGGGUCUACAUCGUCCUCUUGGUAUGGCUGUUGGUGCAGGUAACGGAGGCAAGCCCACGGACUGAUAUUGUGGCGAGAAUAUGCGGGAAAAAACAUGCAAAGAAUUCUAAGGUUUACAUUAAGAACUUCUCAAAGGUUACACGUAUGAUUAGAGAUGACAUCCGUGACAACGGUUAUGCGACAGCGUCUACAGGGCAUCCUCCCAACCAGCUCCACCUCAUGGCUCAGUGCUUUUAUGAUCUCUCCACCGAUGACUGCCUUCUCUGCUUCGAUCGAUGCCUCGCCCUCCUCCCUGGAUGCUUUCCCAAAGUCUCCGGCCGUAUUUACCUUGACGGUUGUUUCAUGAGAGUUGACAAUUAUACCUUCUACAACGAGACCCUCCUAUCUUCAGACAAAACCGUAUGCGGGGCAGUGGAUAUGGAUACAGCACCGGAUUUUAUAUCCAUAACGCAGCGGGUGAUCAGAAAUGUGGCGUCGGAAGCGCCGAGCAACGAUGGGUUUGCCGGAGGUGGAUACGAUGGAUCACCCCUCUGUUCCUCAUACGCAUAUGCAAAUUGCUGGAAUACGCUGGACGAGGAGUCGUGUAAGUCUUGCCUGAGAAACGCCUCGGAUUCCAUUCUCAAUUGCCUGCCGUCGACGGAAGGCCGUGUGGCUAAUGCCGGCUGCUUCUUAAGAUACUCCAACUACCGUUUCUUCAACGACCCACAGUACUGCACCAUCACUGCUGCUACUGCCGUCAUCUGCGUCAUAACUGUCCUCAUCGGCCUCUGCAUGGGUAAAAUCGUCUACAAAGUCGUACAUAGGCAUAAAUCUCUUAAAGAAGUGGACAUAGAGUCUUCAAUGUUGACGAAGAGCUCCACUUUUAAGUACUCGACAUUGGAGAAGGCCUCAGACAACUUCAGUGAAGCUAACAAGCUUGGUUUUGGAGCAUAUGGCGACGUAUUCAAGGGAACAUUGGCAGAUGGUCGGGAAAUUGCGAUAAAGAGGCUGCAUAUAAGCCAUAAGCAUCAAAUGAAAGAAAUCCAAAACGAGAUGAAGAUCAUAACUGGUGUCCAGCACAAGAAUUUGGCUCGUUUCCUAGGCUGUUGCCUCACUACCCAACUUAGCCUUCUUAUUUAUGAAUUUGCCCCUAACAAAAGCCUCGAUUAUCUUCUAUUUGAUCCUGAGAGGAAGAAAGAAUUGGACUGGCCAAAAAGGCUGAAUAUAAUUAUAGGAACAGCAGAGGGUCUAGAAUACCUUCACACCAAUGAUGGCGUAACGAUUGUUCACAGGGACAUCAAGGCAAGUAAUAUCUUAUUAGACUUGCGUUACAGACCCAAGAUUGCAGAUUUCGGUCUGGCCAAGUUUUGUUGCGGUGAUGGAAUCAACGCAUGCCCUCUUAUUGAAGGCACAUUAGGGUAUAUGGCUCCCGAGUACCUUGCUCAUGGUCGUUUAACCGAGAAAGUAGAUGUUUACAGCUACGGAGUUUUGGUGCUUGAAAUCGUCAGCGGAGCGAGGAAUGGCAGUUUCCAGGCAGAUGAUCCCCUGCAUACUCUAGUUACCUCUACAUGGAAUCACUAUCAGUCGAAUACGGUAUGGGAAAUAGUAGAUGAAAGCUUGAAGGGUGAGGAGAAUAUAAAGGAGCAAGUGCAAAAGGUGGUUCAAGUGGGACUGUUGUGUACUCAAGAAUCUCCUGCAUUACGGCCUACCAUGACCAAGGUAACCUGCAUGCUUAAAGGGUUAGAGUUGGAUAUUCCUACGCCUUCCAAGCCUCCUUUUGUAUAUGAAUUCUCCCACGUUGUAACAGUCAGCCCAGACAGUCCUCACCAAUUAUCUAAUAAUUCUUUGUCUCAUUGUAAUCCUCCACCUCCACCACCACUUCCUCCUCCUUCAUAA